CCAUUGCGCGGGGGAAGGAGGGCGGCGGCGGCUUCCUGGGAAGAGCGGCGCGUCUCGGCUCCGCCUGUUGAUCCCUUUUCGGGGGAGGGGGAAGACGAGCGGGCGGCCUUCGCCUCUGCAUCAAUCAAACCCUUGGAAGCGAGACGGAGACGCGCCCCGUGCCAAGCCGGGGGAUGCCGGCGCUCGUCGGGCUGCGCUGAGUCCUGCCUGCGCCUUUAAGGGCCGGGGCCGGAGCGGGGAGUGUCCCGGGCAGGCGCUGGAGGCUGGACGGGCGGGAAGAGCGGGACUCCCCGGGACGGGAGGCGGAGGCGGCGGAUCGGGCUCCGGGUGGGCCUUCGCGGACGGAGCGAGGGCGCACGGCGACGGCGCUGCCAGCAUGGACUGGGGCACGGAGCUCUGGGAUCAAUUUGACACAAUUGAGCGCCACACUCAAUGGGGCCUGGACCUGAUGGACAAAUACGUCAAGUUUGUGAAAGAGCGGACCGAGAUCGAGCAGGCGUAUGCAAAGCAGCUGAGGAAUCUUGUGAAGAAGCAUCUUCCCAAGAGGACUACGCGAGAAGACCCAGAAUCUAAGUUCUGCCAAUAUCAGGCCUUCCUUCAGGUGGUGAAGGAGCUGAACGACUUUGCAGGCCAGCGUGAGCUGGUAGCUGAGAACCUUCUAACGCGGAUCUGUGUGGAGGUUGCAAAGUACUCGCAGGAGCUCAAGCAGGAGAGGAAGUCGUACUUGCAAGAAGGCCGAAGGGCUCAGCAGCAGCUGGAGAACUCCUUCAAGCAACUUGAAAAUAGCAAACGCAAGUUUGAGCGAGACUGCCGAGAGGCUGAGAAAGCUGUGCUGACUGCCGAGAAACUAGACCAGGACAUCAAUGCUACCAAGGCAGAUGUGGAGAAGGCAAAGCAGCAGGCAAACCUGAGGAGUCAUAUGGCUGAGGAGAGCAAGAAUGAAUAUGCUUCAUAUCUACAGAAGUUUAACCACAAUCAGAGCCAGUUCUACUUUUUGGAGAUGCCACAAAUCUUCAAUAAGCUGCAAGAGAUGGACGAGCGGCGGACACUCCGCCUCAAGGAAGGCUACUGUGUUUUUUCAGAGACUGAGCAGCAAGUUAUGCCCAUUAUUGGAAAGUGCCUGGAGGGCAUGAAGGCAGCAGCAGAUGUGGUGGAUGAGAAGAACGAUUCCCAGAUGCUGAUUGAACUGCACAAAUCGGGCUUUGAGAGGCCAGUAGACAUGGAUUUUGAAGACUUCAGCCAACCCAUCAAUCGCACCUCAUCAGACAGCAGCCUUGGCACCCCCCGCGGCACCCUCGAUGGUCGCCUGGACCCCCGCCUGCUGGUCAAGAGCAAGGGGAAGCGCUGGCCCUUCAGCAGGAAGAGCAAGCUUCCACCCCCUCCCCUCUCUCCCUUAAGUUGCCCUUCCUCCUCCACUUCCUCCCCUUCCUCAUCUGCCAUCAAUGGACCUCCAUCCCCCAAAUUCACCCGUGACCCCCUGUCUUACUGUUUGAACGAGAUCAAUAAGACAGUCAAACCCCGCAUCACGUCCUUCCGCAGCCUCAAACGGGGGACUGUGAUCACGGAGGACUUUAGCCAUCUGCCUCCAGAACAGAGGAGAAAAAAGCUCCAGCAGAAGAUUGAAGAAAGGAAUCGGGAGCUGCAGAAAGAACUAGAUCAGAGGGAUGCCUUAAAUAAGAUGAAGGAUGUUUACCAGAAGACGCCGCAGAUGGGAGACCCUAAUAGUCUUGAGCCAAAGAUCUCUGAGACUCUGGGCAACAUUGAGAGGUUGCGACUAGAAGUCCAGAAAUGUGAAGCUUGGUUGGCAGACGCAGAGAGCAGGAUGUUGAGUAACCGACCUGAUAGUGUCACACGCUACAAUCGCCACUUGGAUCAUGCAAGCACCCUGAACAACAAUAACUGCUCAAAUGACAAAGACAGCCUCAACACCACCCACUCUGAUGAGAACCAGGACACACUCAACCAGCCCAUCUACACCGAGUUUGAUGACGACUUCGAGGAGGAGUUGACGUCUCCCAUAGGCACCUGUGUGGCUCUCUAUCAGUUUGAAGGUUCCAGUGAAGGCACGAUCUCCAUGCUGGAGGGCGAAGAGCUCGGCUUGAUGGAGGAGGACAAGGGCGAUGGGUGGACCCGUGUGCGGAGAAGCAAAGGGGGCGAGGGGUACGUCCCCACUUCCUACCUGCGGGUCAACCUAAACUGAGUGCCGAGUUGGCCGCGGUACGAGGCCUGCGGCUUGGAGACUUCCGAGUCAACAGCAGGGCGCGAGUGGAAGAGAGGUGCAGUGUUUCAGCUGACUGGGGGAAGGACGGUGCAAUGCCCUCUGCGGGGGACCCCAUCCAAGGAGGAAGGUCACGCCAAAUCACCACUGCAGAAACUGGGGGAGGCGACUUGCUUGCCUGAAGAGAAGACAUGAUGGCUGCAGCCCGCUCAAGAUCUUGGAUAAGAGCCAUGGGGGUGGAGGGGGGGGAAUUGGUCUCCAUGCUGAUGAUGCGCCC